UGCAAAAGAAACCAAAAAGAUGGCGGCAACCGCAGUAGUUCUUCCGUCUGAAACUAAUUCCGUAGAAAACAAUACCGAAGUCUCAGUGGUAUGUUUAAAUUUAACAUUAAACUGUUUUAAUUUUUGAUUUACUUGUAUGAUUUUGGUAUAUGUGAUAGGUAGCUGAGGUCCUCAUUUAUUUAUUGGAAAUCUGUGUCUCUCUCAUCACGGCUGACAAAAUGGAGGCGAUGGAAGGAGUAACAGAAAAUGGUGCUCUACCGACCAAACUAAUUGUCAAUUCUAAUUCUAAGCCUUGUCCUAAAGAUGGUGAUGUAGAUAUUGAAGAAAUGACGUCCAGAGACUAUUACUUUGAUUCCUAUGCACAUUUCGGCAUUCAUGAAGAAAUGUUGAAAGAUGAAGUUAGAACAUUGACGUACCGGAAUUCCAUGUAUCAUAACAAACAUUUAUUCAAGGGCAAGAUAGUGCUCGACAUUGGGUGCGGCACGGGCAUUCUGUCGAUGUUCGCAGCGAAGGCGGGCGCCGCCCGAGUGAUUGGCAUUGACUGCUCGAACAUCGUGGAGUACGCUAAGCAGAUAGUCGAGGCCAACCAGCUGGCUGACGUGGUCACCAUCAUCAAGGGCAAAGUCGAGGAGGUCAGUCUGCCCGACGGCAUUGACGGUGUUGACAUCAUCAUUUCUGAAUGGAUGGGGUACUGCCUGUUCUAUGAGUCGAUGCUGGACACAGUGCUGUAUGCACGCGACAAGUGGCUGCGACCGGACGGCCUGCUGUUCCCCGACCGAGCCGCGCUCUAUGUGACAGGCAUCGAGGACCGCCAGUACAAGGACGAGAAGAUCAACUGGUGGGACGAGGUGUACGGCUUCGACAUGAGCGCCAUUCGCAAGGUCGCCAUCAGCGAGCCACUUAUCGAUGUUGUCGAUCCCAAACAGGUGGUAACGAACUCGUGCAUGCUGAAAGAGGUAGACCUGUACACAGUGACGAAGGACGACCUGAACUUCUCAUCGCCAUUCCACCUGCAGGUGCGCCGCAACGACUACAUCCAAGCGCUGGUGACGUUCUUCACGAUCGAGUUCACCAAGUGCCACAAGCGCAUUGGCUUCAGCACGGCGCCCGAGGCACCCUACACACACUGGAAGCAGACCGUCUUCUACUUCGACGACUACAUCACCGUCAAGAAGGGCGAGGAAAUUUACGGCACUUUCUCCAUGAAGCAGAACGCACGCAACGUCCGCGACCUCGACUUCAACAUUGAACUCGACUUUAAGGGUGAACUGUGCGAAAUGCACGAAGCAAACUGUUAUCGGAUGCGUUAGACAACGCUGUGGACUAUUCUUUAAAUUUUCUAUCCGCGAUUGUUGUGUUUACAGUUGAACUUAAUCUGAACGUAACGUAGUGUAUAGAGGGCGAGAAUUGCAACAACUACGAUUGUAAAAAAUUAACUAGGUACCGAUUUUCUCGAAAUUGCGAUAGGAUAUCAACGAUGUGGUGCUUAUCGUUUUACUUAAUCCGAGAACCACUAUAGUGCAUUUUAUGACUGAAAACCUCUGGCCAGCUUACAUUAUUAUUAUCUGUUGUUACAAAGUGGCAGACAGAUGAGCGUCCUCAUCUCGUAACUGCAUACAAACUUCAACGUAUUAAAGGAAGCCAACGUCUAGCCAGAGGUUUUUAACCAUGAAAUGCAUUAUAGAGUAUCUUAUCUAUUAUUGGCUGCUAGGAUUGUUUAAACAUAUUAGUUUACUCAGGAAAAUCUUGAACUCGCACUAUGCUGAAUUAUUAAAUUAUGUUUAUUUCUAGCCCACCAAUAAAAAGAAAAGAGGUUUUCCAAACCAUCAUUAAACUGAAUAGAAAUGGAAUUCAAGUUGUUAGAUCUAUGAUUCACACCUAUAAAUAAUUGGACCCCACAUCAUCUACCUUGAAUUGCUAUAACAUUUAAACUAUCUAUCUUUGUGUUAUAGAAUACUGAGUAGCCUAAAUGAUAUGUGGACCAAAGAACAAUCAAUGCUGAAUUUCACGUUGUCAUCCCAUUCAGGGAAACUUGAUGCAACCUCAAAACAUAAGUCAUGACAGAAAUUUUAAAUGUUAUAAUUUUUAACUAUGAACUCGGUGAUUAGUUGUCUUUAAGUUUAUUUAUACUUCGACUUUAUGGCUAAGGCUUUGUCUUCUACUCUGUAUGAUUGUAAAUCUUCAUUCGAGAUCUUAGUUCUUGAAGUGAAAGCAGUAUUACAUUGAAAUGCCAUGGAAUACGAGGGUAAUUUUUAUUCAACCUCCGAUCACAUAAAUAUGACACAGAUAAGCGGUAGGAGAGCUGUACAGCGUGUCCUCGUCCUCCCAAACACCUGUUCAUCCCUCCUCCUCCUCCUCCUCCCUCCCACUAUGUUCGUUGCGGCUAGGCAGAAACAUGGUCGCGUCAAUUCAUUUUCCGGCCAAGUUCUAGUUGCUUUCAGUGAUGAAAUUAUUACUUAAUAUACAUUUGUCUUUUAUGAAUGGCAAUCGGAAGUUUUGUUUCUUCUACUUCAUGAACUACUUUGAAUUUAUAAUUUUAAUUAUUUAACUUGAUUUUACCUGCAUUAAGAAACUUUGUAAUGUAAUUUUCGAUGUUCCAAUUAACAGUAGGAUCUGAGAACACUCUUUUUCAAAUAAUAACGCAAAGCUGAGUUUUAAAAUAACAUAAAUUUUGUCGAUACUGUUAUCCUCAUUUGUUUUUGUUUUUUUGUAGUAAUUAGUUGUAUUUGUUGCAUGAUAAUUGAGUUUCGGCGUCUUAUUAGAUUGAGUCGAAACUUUGAAUAAAAAUAAUAUUACAUGAUGAACCCUCGUUUUUUGAACGCUACUAUAAAUUGUAUAAAAUGUAUCAUAUUUUAUAUGAAUAUAAUCAACGAAGUGUUUUUCCUAUAAGCGCAUUUUUAUUGAGCUUUACUAUUACCAAUAAUUCAUAUUUGUUCUCUAAGAGCUCAAGUUAGUAUUCUCCAAUCGUAAUAAUACAUCUACAACGUGAUGAAGAUGUUUUUUUUUUCAAGUGUAGUAUCAUUUUAUUUCAAUAAAUAGAAUUAUUCAUUUUAUAAUUUUGUAUCAUUUUAUCUUAAUAUCAGUAACUGAUAUUCUAUUCCCAAGUAGUAAGGUUUUGUAAUGUAAUUUUACUUUGCAAUUGAUGAAGUCAGUUACAACUCUACUUAGUGAACGAUUUUAUUUUCAUCUGUGAUUACUCCAAACUUUAGUAGAAUAAAAUUGAGUAUUUUUCUCAGGAAAUUGGCAAAA